AUGUCUCGCAGGCAGCCGAGUACGAAGCUGUCAACUAACAAGGACACUCCCCAUGAUGACGACGCUGCGAAACUGUUCGACGGCAUUCACAGUGGUGCAUGGGUCUAUCGGUUCCCUCCGUCCUGGGUCCCAUACAUACAGCUCGCGCGCCUCAGCCCCCCCGUACCUGUGCUUCUGAUCUACUUUCCGCACGUGUUUGGCAUUGCUCACGCGGCGGCUACGCAGAAAGCACCUUUGGGGGAUGUCAUACGUGUCUGUCUCUUGCUGCUUGGCGGCAGCUUCUUCCUGUCAAACGCAAUCCAUAGGUGGAACGACUUGAUCGAUGCUCCCAUUGACAGGCAGAUUCCACGCACGCGCAAUCGUCCUGUUGCACGAGGAGCCAUCAGCCCCCAAGGCGCAAUGAUCUUUACAAUCUCCCAGGCGUUUGGCGCAGCUCUGUUCUUACUCUUCUUACCCAGUGAUACGGUAUUGUGUACGUUGCCCAGCAUAGUUGCAAAUACGUACUACCCAUUUGCGAAGAGACACACGCACUUUCCCCAAGUGGUGCUCGGUGUUGCUCUACAGUGGGCAGUGAUAGUCGGUAGUUGUGCUAUGGGCGGUGGCAGCCCACGGGCCAACACAUCGGUUCUCUACCUGUUCCUGGGCUCUCUGCUCUGGACGGUGAUUUACGACACGAUCUACGGCUUUCAAGACUACGCAGACGACAUCAAGAUAGGUGUCAAAAGCACUGCGGUUCUUUUUGGGGAAUGGGGAAAGCCUAUCUUGUGGCUCAUGAGCAACUGUAUGGCGGGUCUGUUACUCGCGUCAGGCCAAGCUGCUGAGAUGAGCCUGAUUUAUCUUGUGAUCGCAGUGGGAGGUACCUUUGGAUGUCUCAACUGGAUGAUGGCCAGUGUCAACCUCAAAUCUCCCGACAGCUGUGCAUGGUGGUUCACGUAUGGCUUCUGGGGUCCUGCCGUAUCGAUCUCGCUUGGGCUUCUUUGCGAAUAUAUCUUCGCCUAG